GGAAAAGGACAAAGAAAGCAAGGACAGUAAUACUAGGAAAACAUGAAGCAGCCACUUGUCCAUUGAUCGUGGGCAAAGUGAAGACAUUCAAGAUGAGAACUGAGAAGUCAAAGGAGAAGAUUACAGUUGCCACAUCAAACAACAACUCCACCUCAGCCGAGGUCACUACAUGUGAGACGUCAGGGAACAAAAUGAGGCUUUGUGUCAACCUGAUGCCUGUUCUGGCUGCAGCGAAGGAGCCUGUAGAGGAAGAGGAGGUGGAAGAAGACGACACCAUCUGCGAAGGUGAGGAGGAACCAGAAACCAGCAGCAAAAAUGAUCCAUCUGUCAUUAAAUCAGUGGAACAAACAUGUGGUUCUUCCCAAGGAUUAAAUUUGGACACCAAACCACCACUAAAUCCUCGGCUUGUGCUGCCACCUAUAACUCAGUCUAAAUCAGCUUCUGCUGUGUGUUGUGACCUUCAGAAGAGAUGCCACACACCUCUACCUUCCAUCAGUUUAUCUGAGCAAACAAAGACCAUCUCUUCAAAUGUUUCUAUAAAAGGCCCUGAGGUGGUUACAGGACAAGGACGAGACAUCGGGCCCUGGAUAGACAACCCCCUGCUCUCUAAAAGUAGAUCUCCUGAGUUUCGUCUUCCUGACAUCUCCAUGUCCAGUCUGAACACUCUGCUGCAGACGGUCACAGAGAAGCUGGCCAUGAAGAAGAGGAGAGGUGGUGAUGAAGGGCCGUGGAGACGUGUCCAGUCUGAUCAUCACCUGGUGGUUGUUAGUGAACAACGUUUGAGAGAGAAGAGCGUCACAGAGAACAGAAACCUGGACGACACUAAACAGAUCCCUUGUGCGUGUGAACGCCAUUUGAAUCCAGUGAGAGAAUGGCGGACCCCGCCACUGACAAUAAAAACUAUUAUAUAGAGAGUAAAGCAAUAACAGAAACAGUCGUGGUUGGACGCGGCAUAAACGGAUGGAGGAGCGUCCCUCCACUUUUAUCUGCACCAAAACCAACGCUCUUCCUCACUGUGACGAAGAAAAACAUCCACACUUCCCA